CCGUGCGCACAAACGAGCGCACCCCGUGAACACACCGACUCUCCGCCUGUGAAUGAAAUAAACAAAGAGCCGGCCACUUUUUGGGACUAUAGCCACCGAUUCACGAGCUUCUUGGAAACAUGGACACCGGUUUGAGUCCAGAAAAAGUGGCCAGCUUUACAAAGCGCCUGCGCUCUGAACCACGCUACCUGUUGGCCCAGAAUGUGUCCACCUGCAUCGACCCUUUGGAGGUUUGUUUGCACCGACAGACCGUCCAGGAUACAGUGCACAUCUUUCAGCACUCCAUUCCCACGGAAGGCAAGCCUAUCACCAACCAGAAAAGCUCAGGGAGAUGUUGGAUCUUCUCGUGCCUCAACGUCAUGCGACUUCCCUUCAUGAAGAAGUUUAAUGUAGAGGAGUUUGAGUUUAGUCAGUCCUACCUCUUUUUCUGGGACAAGCCAAAGAAAUCUGAAUUUUCAUGCCUCUGCUCCAACAUUCCCAGUCAGGUAACCGUUUUCUGGGUUUUAGAACAGUUUGUGACGGGAGCUCCUGUUUGUACCGCUCUGCAGGUGUUUCGUGUGGCCAGCGUUUGUCUAGGCAGCCCUCCAGACACCAUCUGCUGGGAGUACCGGGACAAGGACAAGAACUUCCACCGCUUGGGACCCCUCAGCCCCCAGGAGUUCUACAGGCAACAUGUCAAACCGCUUUACAACAUUCAGGACAAAGUCUGCCUCGUAAACGACCCCCGACCGCAGAACCCUUACGGGAAGCUGUACAGCGUGGAGUUCCUGGGGAACAUGGUCGGAGGCCGCAGCACCCUGUACAACAACCAACCCAUCCAGCUGCUUAAGAAGGCCGCUGCAGACUCCAUUAAGGAUGGAGAGGCUGUGUGGUUCGGGUGUGACGUCGGAAAACAUUUCCACAGCAAACUGGGCAUUAAUGAUAUGAAUGUGUUCAACCAUGAGCUGGUGUUUGGAGUGUCUGUAAAGAACCUUUCAAAGGCAGAGAGGCUGAUAUACGGCGACUCCCUCAUGACGCACGCCAUGAUCCUCACUGCUGUAACGGACAAGGAUGAGAAAGGUUUUGAAAAAUGGCGGGUGGAGAACUCCUGGGGCGAUGACCGUGGAAACAAAGGUUACCUGAUCAUGACGGACGACUGGUUCUCAGAGUACGUCUACGAGGUGGUGGUGGACAAGAAGUUCCUCUCCGAUGAUGUCAUGCAAGUGAUGCAACAGGAGCCCGUUGUACUUCCUGCUUGGGACCCAAUGGGAGCGUUGGCAUAAAAAUCACAAAUGCAGGUUUUAGCCCCACCCCCUGGUCUAAUUGACUCCACCCUCUUCCUAAGCUGCUUUUAAGUCCAAUGGUUUCCUCACGCCGCCUAUAAAAGAGCUUGUUCUUAUAGGAAAAAUAAAAACUUUUCUUUUUUACUCAA